AUGGCACAAAAAGUUUGCUGCGAAAAAUUACCUUACCUGCAACAUUUGCGUACGACACCUGUGCAUAUCGAAAAUAAUGUAACUGUGUACACGCGAGAGGAACUCUUAUAUUUUAUGGAAUGCAUCCACGACAACGGAUCUGAAGCGAUGUUGAAACUUUGGAACAGCCACAAAAGCUUCUUCGGAGAGAUGCAUGAGGUGGACGUUAUUGCGCUCAUGUGCAAGUCAGCCGUCGAUGCCGGCGAUGCUCUGUAUGAUGACUUCGCAAGUUUCUUGCCGGUAACUGAUUCAGACACGCGUGGCCCGUCCUCAAACUAUUUUAUUUUUUAUUACUUAAGAGACACAAAUAAACAGGCUGUUUUACGGAAGGAAAAGUGUCUGUCUAUCACACGUUUUUCAAAGUGCGUGUCGCUUUGGGUCUCAUGCUGA